AUUUUGUUCACAAUAAACUGUUUAAAAGUCACAUGAAAGUCAUACUUGCAUACAGGUCUUUGCGUCAAUAUCUAGACUGCGUGGGCUGCGAAAGACACUUGACUGAGUGUCGCAAUCGAUCGUCGGUAGCAUUAUAAAUAUGUGAGGUCACACCACGAAACUUUUAAUGAGUUCUCGGGGUAGCCGGAAGAAGAUGGAGCUCUGCAAACUGUAUCAUCUUUGCAUUUUAGUAACCUUGUCUUUAUCAGUGGCUGUUGCAAAUCGAGCUAAUAAACCUCCUCAUAUUCUGCUCGUGGUAGCUGAUGACUUCGGCUGGAGUGACGUUGGAUUUCAUGGUUCAAAAAUCCAAACGCCGAACAUUGACCAACUUGCCUCAGAAGGAGUCAUUCUUGACAACUACUAUGUUAUGCCGAUUUGUACGCCGACGAGAAGCGCACUCUUAACGGGAAUGUACCCAAUUCACACUGGUGAGUUGCCUUUCGUUUCAUUAAAGAUAUUAACCCUAAACAAAGUUCACGCUAGCCGAGAUUGAUGAUAUACAUAAUUGCUGUAGUUGUAGACGUUCUACUAUAAAAGCGUAGAAAAUCAGUGAUGCAGCCCUACAAGCCAGAUGCUUUUCGGCUGCACUUAAUUCAAGAGAUCACCUAUGCGACAUCACGAAAAGGGUCCUAGCUCAUUAAGGGAGGGAAGANGACGAGAAGCGCACUCUUAACGGGAAUGUACCCAAUUCACACUGGUGAGUUGCCUUUCGUUUCAUUAAAGAUAUUAACCCUAAACAAAGUUCACGCUAGCCGAGAUUGAUGAUAUACAUAAUUGCUGUAGUUGUAGACGUUCUACUAUAAAAGCGUAGAAAAUCAGUGAUGCAGCCCUACAAGCCAGAUGCUUUUCGGCUGCACUUAAUUCAAGAGAUCACCUAUGCGACAUCACGAAAAGGGUCCUAGCUCAUUAAGGGAGGGAAGAAAACAAAUUUUGGGAGGGGGAGGGGGGGGUGGAAAAUGUCAGUUAACCGUUACAUUUUCAUCUAUUUCUCAGCGAAGAGGACAAAGUUUUAAACCCGCCAGAAAGUAAUUUAGAUGUCAGAUAUCAGGUAUGAGUUAACACUCGCAGAGAGCGAAUGUAUUGUUCAGACAAACUACACUUAGUUAUUUUCUACCAGUGAUGAAGAGGGGGUAUGCAAAUGAGUCAUCAAAUUUCAUGUUGAAAAGGAGCGAGGACACUCAUCAAGACACCAAUAUUUUUGGAGGAGUGUUAAGACCCCUCGAUGUUUUCUUUUUCUAAAUGAAACCAUAACAGUAGGUAGCCUUUGCCCUUUUAAUACCAUCAGUUUAUAUCAUGUAUCAUUAUUUCUUUCAAAGGCUUGCAGCACUUAGUUCUCUUUCCAUCGAGUCCCUAUGGAUUGUCGACUAACUUUACCACUUUACCUCAGAAGCUCAAAGAAUCAGGUAUUUUAUUAAAUCAUAGGCUCUAGUUCAUAAUAAAAAUGAACGAUGUCAGGCUGGCAUCAAUCUCUGUUGUAGUUUGUAACAUCAUCUUUCUACCUCGAGACAGAAUGUUAGCCUAAUUAAUUAACUAUUUAAAGGACAAGUUUACUCCAUUUUUUUUCUGAUCACAGAUAAAACAGUUGGCAUUGUUUUUAGUUACCGGCCUUUUUCGUUAAAUACGCCUUCGAAGUCGGAAUGAUCAAGAUGAAAAAAAUCAUCAUUAUGACCUACUAUGUUGGCUAAUGCGUGACGUCAUCCCUCCGUCCACGUAAAAUUAACCGAAUCUCAAGUCAGCCAGAAAGUGUAGCAUUAUUGCCAUUUAUUUUUUUUGUUAAGCUAUAUCAAUAACUCCCGUCACCUAAGCAUUGAUGACUAUUUUUAUCACCACUGCGUACUGUUUACAUUCAUCUUAAUUUUGUUAAAGGUUAUGCCACACACAUGGUUGGUAAAUGGCACCUUGGCUACAACAAGUGGGAGAUUACACCAACAUAUCGUGGUUUUGAUACAUUCUAUGGUUUUUACAAUGGUCAGGAAGACCAUUACUCUCAUAAAGUAUUAGACAUCCUAGACCUUCGAGACAACGAGGAGCCAGUGAGGGACCUGGAUGGAACAUUUGGUACAUUUGCUUUUGCGGAGGUAACGUCUGAAGCUUGUCACUGACUUUUUGCGUGCGCAUAAAAGUCGAGGUUGUAUUGACCUUGCACACUAGUUUAUUGUGAACACUAGCUCCCGAGGAAGGGUGGUGAGGGAGACAUGGGCCUCUACCUCUUCCCACCCUGUCUGCUCGCUCUUUCUGCUACCUUUCUUGUCGUCUUGUACGCGAGUGUAUCGAAUACUGAUAAGAUGUUAACUCAAUUAAUGCAUCUAUUUAUCUCUCUAUUUUAAAGAAUAAGAAACGCACUGACCGGUUUUGCGUCUGCUUAAUCUGUUUGUGAAAGUGUAGCACGUUCAAUGUUUUGACAAAUUUUCAUGUUCCUUUUAACAGCGAGCGAAGAAAGUCAUCGAGUCACAUAAUUCUUCCGCUCCCUUGUUUUUGUACAUGGCAUUCCAAAAUGUCCAUAUUCCACUCCAAGUCCCAAAACGGUAUUCCGACAAGUACAGCUUUAUUGAUGAUGAAGAUCGCAGAACUUACGCUGGUAUGGUGGAUAUUUUGGACGAAGCCGUUGGCAACAUUACACAGGCCAUGAAGGAUGCUGGGUAUGAUAACUGCUUUGCAUGUAGUGUAAUAUAUGCCGCCGUGCCGGUUUUUUUUCCAAUAUAAAUGAAAGAAUAAGAAAAAGUUAUCUAAUAUGCCGUAUCGGAUUGACCCUUUCACUCCAAGAAAUAGUCAAAUUGAGAAUUACAAAUAUGGAAAUGAAAAGAUAUAAGGUCACGAAUGGUCACGCCAUGCCACUGUCUGCAGUUUCAUUUCAAAGUACAUUACCUGCCUCCAUAAAUUGACCAUGGGAGUGACACAUAUGUAAGUGGCUCGUGUUGUCAUCUUUCCUCUGUCACUUAUACCCUAUAAAAGAAGCCAAUGACUGGAGUACAACAGCUUCCAUAUCUUUACCGUCACUCAGUUUGAGUUACGGCUUCUAAUUUAACGUUAGUUACUGUUGUUUCUUAGAUUAUGGAAGGACACCCUCAUGGUUUUCACUACUGAUAAUGGAGGAUGGCAUAAUCAUGGUGGAUUCAACUGGCCGCUUCGAGGGGAGAAGACAACGUUAUGGGAGGGAGGGGUUAGAGGGGUAAGCUUUGUCCAUGGAAACAUGCUUGGCAGAAGAGGAGAGAAAUGUGAAGGCCUCAUGCAUGUUACAGACUGGUUUCCAACAUUGGUCAAUAUUGCAGGUAAACAUAUGCUUAAAAAUUAGCAAAAAUUUAAACAAAUAGAUAAAUCAGUAACGAAGUAUCAGACAGUUACUAGCUUUGAUCAUACGAUUCCAUGAUGUGUUGCUGCUUGUUCUGUGGGGGAGAAAGGGUGGCGCAGUGGUGAGAGCUCUCGCCUCUCACCAAUGUGGCCCGGGUUAAAAUCCAGACGUCGACGCCAUAUGUGGGAAGAGUUUGUUGUUGGUUCUCUCUCUUUUGUUCCAAGAGGUUUUUCUGCAGUUACUCCAGUUUUCCCCUCUCCUCAAAAGCCAACAUUUCCAAAUUCCAAUUCGACCAGGAAGAACCACUUAGUGGAUGCGCUACCUCUAAAACGUUAUUCAUUUAAUUAUUUCAUCAUUGUUAUUUGUUCUAAGCUGUAUUAUCGUGUAUUUUCAACCGUUUUUCUCUAUAUUCCAACAGGUGGUACCCUUGAUCAAGCACCAACUCCGCUGGAUGGUAUGAAUGUGUGGAAUACUAUUUCCAAUGGCGAUCCGUCACCCAGAAAGGAAAUACUUCUCAAUAUUGAUGUGGAGGCUCAAACGGAAAAUUCUUUUAGAAAAUUAUCGACUGACAUCUACGAAGGGAUUGCUCUGAGGGCAGGAGACAUGAAACUUCUUUUGAGUGUUCCUAAUGCCUCAUGGUAUAAGCCCCCGGAGCUCGAUGGAGAGUCAAGUAUGAGGCAGUACACACCCUUUGAUAAAAACGGCAGGCUCGGCUGGUUUCAAGAUGGAGAAAAGGUAUUUAGUAGUAAAGAUAUCUUCCUGUAAGUCAGGUGGCUUAGACCCCGCCGUAUCCUUCUAAUACAUGUAAGUCGAUUUAGACUGACAAAAGAAAGAAGAAGAGUGGAAGAGAAAAAAAAGUAAAAUAAUUGACACUAUUAAAAUUGUAUCAGACGUAUCGCCGUAACGGCUCAAUCAGUGAAUCAAUUCGGUUAUAUACAGAUAUACAGUUCCCAAAAGGUGGAUAAUUCUAUCCACGGGACAAGGGACAAAUCUGUAUGCACUGAAUAGCGCAAUUGGUAUCCGCUGUACUUAUCUGCUGUAAAGUGAUUUAUCCGAUGGGUAGCGCUAUCGAAUGUUUUACAAUCAAGACCAGAAAUUUAAACAUGACGCCUCACCUGAUGGCCUGUAGACUCGAAAUAUAUACAUCGUUUCUUAGCCAGGGUUUUAGCGAAAUUGUCGUGUCUAGAAUAGACUGCAAAACAGUCCGUAUUUUUGCGUAUUCAAGUACGCGCGAGCAGUCAAACAAAAGGUCUGGAACGAGGCUGAAAACAGAGAGCGAGACGUAGGGCCUGUAAGGCUCGCGCGCUUCGCGCGCGUAAGACUCUUACGCCACGCUUUACCGAUUUCUUUACUGAUUUUGAGAAAAAAACCCGACUGUUUUGCAGACUAUGUCUAGAAACAUGUUAAAGCUUAUAGAAUAUUACAGGUCCAGUUAUGCUUACCCGAGAGAACAAGCCAUGACAGUCUAUAAGGAAGUAAACCAAAAUGUUGGUUACAAUAUUUACCCUAAUUAGGAUAAUUAGCAAGACAAUUGGCCUUUUGAUGUAACACAUACUAGCCAGAGCUGCCCUUACUUCAGGAACUAUCAAUGAAAUUAAUGAAAUUUGUCAGUUCACGGAAAAAGUUCGAUUCACUCAACAGACCACGGGGGGAACUCUGCAAGUUGCACUGUACAACAUAACCGCUGACCCAACGGAGCACGACGACCUCAGUGAGAAACUUCCAGACGUGGUAAAGGAAAUGAAAGAAAGAGUGCAGUAUUACAUGAAGGGGCUUGUGCCUCCACCCACCUUUUGAUUUCUGGGAUUUCGAGAAUAUUUUCGUAACCUCCUUCCGUAAACCUGCGGAACCGUUCUGAUUAGGAAAGAACAUGGGCUGUGUAAAGACGGGACUUAUUUUAAGUAAUUUGCUAUAAAGAUCGACGUUUCUUUUUUUUUUGCUCUUUUUUUGUAUUUGUGCACGUGUUUUAUUCCUCUGAGCCACCGUACAUUUCCUCAUGAAAACUUUGCAAAACGCCGCAGGUCGUAUCUUCGGCGAAUUAGGAAAAUCAUAGAUAGGUAAAGUUAAAAGUUCUUAAUGAAGACCGCCUCAACCAAAGUGUUUUUAAUAGCCACAGUAUCGAUUUCUUUCGGGGGUUUGACUUUUCAAGACUUCUUAGAGUCUGAUGAGUUUUAACGCAAAGUCCAAGUUACUGCUAAAAGAUAUUACUGACGGUCUUAGCGAGUACAGUAGCGCAGGACGUCAGGCAAAGCCAUAGCAAAUCACCCAAUGCGUCAAAAGGUCGCUUAGUUAAAAUACAAACCGCCUUUGACUUGGUCGCGGACGCAUUCUACAGUACUCGCGUUAGAUAAUUUUUCUUGCGGCGACAGUUGUCUACAUACAAAAAGCCGUUAGUCUUACUCUUUUAACCUCAAGAAGAGGACAAGGGCUUGGAAGAUGUAUCACUGCAACACGAAAAUGGCAUCUCCGGGAGAUUUAGUUAGAGCCUUUGAAUCUGUUUAUUACGAAUCGAAUUAGUUUUAAAAUAAAUAAAUCCCGAAAGUAGCCUGCGUAGCUGGCGGGAUUUUUAUCUUGCGGUACUUUCCACUGACUUUCUUUGCGAAUUUCCGAUGAUUCUUGCAGAAAAUGCCUUGAUGUACUGGCCCUAAGUCCGCGUUUAAGAGCAGGGUACUGGUUCACAUUGAAGCCGGAUCCUUGGGAGCGCCAGAAUGGCUUCCACGUUUUCCAAGCUUAAGCUUUCUAAAGUUUUUAUCUAAAAUACCACGUAACUCGUGUAGCCUGUUGGAUUUUGCUGUUAGGGAUAUACAUAAUUAUUGUAUGGAACACAGUAUGAGGCUCAACCCAAAAAAAUGUUAGUAGACGGCCGUGAACUUUAUGGGAAAUCCGAACACUAUAAUGAGACCCCUGUAUGAUAGGAAACCAAAUAGUAGAAAGAAUUUUCAUCAUACAGUUGCUUGGAGUAAUCAUUAAUGAGAACUUGAAAUGGAACUGCCCUGUUGACUAUAAUACCGCUAAGGCAUCAAAGAAACUUUACGCUCUCAGACUAUUAAAGAGAGCUGGCGUGCAAGGCAAGACAUGUUGAAAGUCUUUACGAGUAGUGUUCGACCGAUUUUAGAAUAUGCCGUGCAGGUGUGACAGAUAGAAUAGCGGGGCGGGGUCCGUGCAAAAAAAGGAACUUAAAAUCAUAUAUCCUAACACUUCGUAUAGUCAGGCACAGUCGCUAGCCAACGAAAAGGCUACACUUUCCAAUAGACGCGAGCUCCUAUUUCAUAAAUUUGUGGUUGAGAUGACAGACACCCGUGACCACCCAUUAUCGAUCGUUAUCGUGCUUGAUGUCCACCGCUGUACAAAGAACUAAUCCUUAUAACCUUAGACCUGGUUCUUCUCGACCAUUAAAUAAGUUCAUGAGAACUAAAAGAUCAGAGAACUUUUUUACUAUUAAAUAUUUGUCAUUUAAGAAUCCGUCAUGAUUAUCAUUUUAAGUAGGUAGUAUAAUUAAUACAUAGCUUUAAUUUAGCAUUAUUGUUAGUUCAGUAUAACCGCUUGCCGCUUGUUAAUGCAGUUGUCUGCAAGAGAGUGGAAUGAACGAUAUGUGUUUAUUUAAUGUACUCAUAAUGAUUGGGUUUAUAAAAUAUAGCGAAAAGGAAAUCCUGAAUUGUUAUUAACUUUCCUGAAAAAAAAAAAUUCUUAGCUCUAAUACUCCCCGUGCGGGCUGUACCAGGCCAUACGUCAGGUCCCGGGUGAGGGGGUUACUCCCUAUGAUGGCCUAUACGAGGAGGCUCCUCCCUAAAGGGGUAUCUUUUUCAGGCUUCAGGUAAAAAAUAAAAAAGUAGGGAUUUCACUUGUUCAAGUAUAUAAAAGGACGGGGAAAUCUGUCAUUUGGGUCUGUUAAAGGGCCAACAGAUGAAUUUUACGGCUUUAUAAAGUCGAGAAAACGUUCUAUUUUUGUGACUGACAAGGCAUGUGAAAGGGAUACCUUUAUCAAUAGAAUCGAAAUAGAAGGUAUACGAAAGGUUUACCCAGCUGUUUCGUGAAACCUCGAGGCGGAGCCUCCCCGCAUAAACAUUUGUUGAGUACCCCCCACCCCGGGCGUUACGUAAACAUUCCGAGCAGGCAUGUGAUCAACCACACUGUUUAUGUUACUCGAUGUUUAUAUUUAACUAAAUUGCACUGAUUUUGUUCACAAUACUGUAAACUGUUAAAAGUCACAUGAGAUUGAAAUUUGCAUACAUUUGGUGGCGUUAAUAGCUAGGCCCCGUAGCUGGUAGAUUGCAACCCAUUCUACCCUUGCUACCAGUUGGGGACUCCCAUAUGAAAGUGAAGGGGAUGCCUGUCGUCUCGCUUUGGGAUGUAAAUUGCAGAUUUUUGUCUCACUUAAGGUGUUUGGGAUGGCAAGUCACUAUAUUUGCCCAUUCAGGUAUCGCUUAAUGUUGUGCAUAAAGUAAUUUACAGAAAAUGUCGUGACACUUCGCACAAAAAUCUCCUUUAGGGUCAGUUUAACCUUUCAAUUUUUCGACGAGCAUCCCCGUCAUUUUAUAUGGGGGUCCCCCGGGGUGGCUGCCAUGAACACUUGACGGAGUGUCGCAAUCGAUUUUCGGUGGCAUUAUAAAUACUUCAGGUCACGCUGACACUGCAAAACUUUUUAUUGACCUCCGGAGGCACUGCAGGUAGUGUGCAGAGUGGACAAAAUGGAGCUCUACAAAAUGUACCGUCUUUGCAGUUUAGUCGCCUUCUCUUUAUCAGUGGCUGUUGCAAACCGAGCUACUAAACCUCCUCACAUUCUGCUCGUGGUAGCUGAUGAUCUCGGUUGGAGUGACGUUGGAUUUCACGGCUCAAAAAUCCAAACGCCGAACAUUGACCAACUUGCCUCAGAAGGAGUCAUUCUUGACAACUACUAUGUUAUGCCGAUUUGUACGCCGACGAGAAGUGCACUCUUAACGGGAAUGUACCCAAUUCACACUGGUGAGUGGCCUUUCGUCUCAUUAAAGAUUUGACCCUAAAUAUUUCAUUAGUGCGGGUCACGCUUAUGGACCUUAAGCCGAGAUUCCUUAUAUCCCUCUUUGCCGCAGUUUUGGACUUUCUACAACGAUAGCGUAGAAAAUCAGUGGCGGAGCCUUACGAGCUAGAUGCUUUUGUUUCUCUUAAUUCGAGAGAGCAACUGACAAAAGAAUUUUCAGUCUAUGCGAGCUUAUUGGGGGAGAGUAGAAUUUUUUCACGCAUUGAGGGAGGAAGGGGGUGCAAAAUCGGAUAGUCUUAUCCCAGUUCACAGUUAGAGUUUAUACCACUUAAUCCUUUAGAUCUCAGCUGAGUUGCUGAUAGCUUCCAUUGUCAGACAAACUGCACAUUUUCUACCAGUAACAAAGAUGUGGGUGCAAAUGAAAUAUAUAUUUUUUGCUAGAAUAGGGCGAGGAGAUACAUUAAAACCCUAGCAAAUUUUUUCGUGGAGUGUUGGGUCCACUCUAUAUGCGUUCUUAAAAAAUUAUACCAUAACGUGCCGGGAUCAUUAUAUAUUUUUGGGAAACUGCCCACCAACACCUCCCCUAGGCCAACAUUUUGCCCUAAGUAAGAAGUAAGUGUUGAUGAAUAUCAUUAAAUCUUUUAUCAAUUUUCUUCUGAAGGUUUACAGCACUUAGUUCUCCUUCCAUUUAGUCCUUAUGGAUUGUCCACUAACUUCACCACUUUACCCCAGAAGCUGAAAGAAUCAGGUAUUUCUUCAAAUCAUUGGCUCCCGUACGUAAAAGAAAAUAUAUUGGCAAUAAAAGGCUAACAUGCAUCUCUGUUAACAGUUUAUAACUUGAUCUAUCUACCUCGAGACAAAUGUUGUUAAGAGCAAGGAUCGGUAUAGUCGGUUAGUGAGAGGCCCUUCUUUGCCGGAGAUUCCGCGCUCGAUUCCCAGGUGCGAUCUCAAAGGCCUUAAGUCCUUAUUUCCGAUUUCUGAAGUACUGUAACUGGUUAUCGACGUAAAGACCUCAAACUUUAAUGUUACUCUAAUUAAUUUACUGUUUUAAAGACAAGGUUGCCUCAUUAUUUCAGUUCUAAUCACACAUAAGAAGUUGGCAUUCGUUUUUAUUUACUGGCCGUUUUCGUUUAAGCCUUCAAAGUUGAUAAUAUCGUUGAAAAAUGAUUUAUCGUCUGGAAUCACUUCUGGCUGAUGCUAGUCUCCCUCGCAGCCGUUUUUUGGAUGUCACGCAGCGCUCCCCCUCUCUAGGUUGAUGCGUGAGGUCAUUUCUCUCUCAAACGUUAUAUCGCCGGGCGCUGGAAGCUCAAGCUAGCCAGAGGGUUUGGCAAUAUUGCCAUUGUAUUUAUUCAGUCCCGGUCUGCAAUAUCAACCUAAGCAUUGAUGACGUUCGGUUUUGUCACAACUGUACGUACUCUUAAGGUUCAUCUAAAAUUUCGUUAAAGGAUAUGCCACACACAUGGUUGGUAAAUGGCACCUUGGCUACAACAAGUGGGAGAUCACUCCAACAUAUCGUGGUUUCGAUACAUUCUAUGGUUUUUACAAUGCUCAGGAAGACCAUUACUCUCAUACAGUGUUAGAUAUAUUAGACCUUCGAGACAACAAGGAGCCAGUGAGGGACCUGGAUGGAACAUUUGGUACAUUUGCUUUUGCAGAGGUAAAGUUUGAAGCUUACUUGUAGUCGAGGUUGUAUUGACCUUAUAGUCAGUGAACACUGGCUCCUGGGGGAGGGUGGUGAUGGAGACAGGAGCCUCUUCCCCCUGGGCCUCCUUUAUUCAUCCUGUCUGCCCUCGAGUUCUAGCGUUCUCGUCGUCCUAUACCUCACAAGAGAGUAUGCCUGUUCAAAGGUUGGAACAAAUAAACACCUAAGCAUAAAAAUAUAAGCGUAUAAGCGUAGAUAAAUAAACCUAAUGAGUGGAAAGAGUAAUAAUUAAACGAAAUGUCAGUCAUUACUUUGACAACUAUCAGUUGUCACGCGAGUGUAUCGAGUAUUAAUAAGAUGUUAACUUAAUGAAUCAAUUUAUUUGAUUUAUUUAACAGAAUAAGAAACACACUGACCAGUUUUGCGUCUGCUUAACUUGUUUGUUAAAAUGUGAAACAUUCCACGUUCUGACAAAUGUUCAUGUUCCUUUCAACAGCGAGCGAAGAAAGUCAUCGAGUCACAUAAUUCUUCCACACCCUUGUUUUUGUAUAUGGCAUUCCAAAAUGUCCAUAUUCCACUCCAAGUCCCAAAACGGUAUUCCGACAAGUACAGCUUUAUUGAUGAUGAAGAUCGCAGGACUUACGCUGGUAUGGUGGAUAUUUUGGACGAAGCCGUUGGCAACAUUACACAGGCCAUGAAGGAUGCCGGGUACAAUAACUGCUUUGCAUGUAGUGUAAUAUAUGCCGCCGUGCAGGUUGUCUCCCAAUAUAAAGGAAAUAAAACAAAGCUAUUUAAUAUCCCAUAUCGUACCAACCAGGAAAUUGAGUAAUUUUACUUUUCAGUGGACAAAAAUCUUUUACCAGAAUAUUUCAAGUCAUAUCGCUUUUUAAUACACUUUUCAAGGGCUAUAGAUAUAAUUAGUUAUCUGUGGGAGCCGGAGAAAAUAAAUUUCAAAUUUCACAGGAAUCAAGAAAACACAGGUAAAAUCAUCCUGCGUAAGAUUUCAUUUUGUGACUGAAUUUGAGACUUUUAAAGUUUGUUUUCACGGGCUUCCUCAAGAACCUUUUUUUAGAGUCAUUUCAUAUAACUUAUUACAUCUAUAGCCCUCGAAAAUGUAAGAAAAGGAUGCACUAUUCUUGGCAUGAAGUUAUUCUGGUACAAGGUUUUUGUCCACAGAAAAUUAAAAUUACUCAGUUUCCCAAUAGAUUCCAUCUUAAUCCAUCUAUCCAUGAAAUAGCAAAAGUGAGAAUUAAAGGGGCUGUUCCACGGCUGUCUAGUUCAUUUUGUUGAUAAUGCCAAUUGGUGUGUAGCCUCCGGGGAUUCGUCACGCGUUCCUAGGAACGUCUGCGUGGGAGUGCUUAUUCGCUACGAAACUUGAGAAAUUACUUUUGAAUGAGAAAACCACGACUUCAUAUCAAAGAAAGACGCCCUUAAGCAUUAUUUAAAAAACAAAACAAAACAAAACUGUUAGGCCAACAAGUUUUCAAAAUUGUAGCUUUAUUUCAAAGUUCUAAAAGAUUUUCCAUCCCUCUUGUACCUGCUGUGUUAUCUAUACCAUCUUAAUUUUAACGUUUUGAGCGGUUAUUCUUGUGUUUUACUCAAUUUGGUGUCAGUUCCCACUGCUUGAAUUUUAAUAAAUUUCCUGACACAGCUCCUUUAAAAAGCCGGAAAACAAAAGAUAUACUCAGAGGAGGUCAUGAAUGGUCACGCCCUAACAUUGCCUGCAGUCUCAUUUCAGAGUAUAUUACAUGCCUCUAUAACUGACCCUGGAGGUGACACGGAUUAAAGUGGCUUGUGUUGUCAUUCUUCCUUUAUCACUUAUACCCCAUAAAAGAAGCCAAUCACUGGAGUAUAACGGCUUCCAUAUCAUUACCGUCAUUCAGUUUGACUUACGCCUUCUAAUUUAACGUGAGUUACUAUUGUUCCUUAGAUUGUGGGAUGAUACCCUCAUGGUUUUCACUACUGAUAAUGGAGGAUGGCAUAAUCAUGGUGGAUUCAACUGGCCGCUUCGAGGGGAGAAGACAACGUUAUGGGAGGGAGGGGUCAGAGGGGUAAGCUUUGUCCAUGGAAACAUGCUUGGCAGAAGAGGAGUGAAAUGUGAAGGCCUCAUGCAUGUUACAGACUGGUUUCCAACCUUGGUCAAUAUUGCAGGUAAACACAUGCUUAAAAAUUAGCAAAACGUUGAACAGAGAGAUAAAUCACUGAAGAAAUAUCAAACAAUUGUAGCAUUGAUCAUAAGAUUGACCGGCGCUUGCAUGAUGCGUUGCUGCUUGUUUGGUGUUUUUGUUCUAAGCUGUGUUCUGUUAUGGAACCUCGAUAUAAAGAAGUGCCAAGGGACUGGCAAAAUGUGUUCGCUGAAACGAGGUUUCGUUAUAUCGAGGUACUUUUCCAUAUAUUUUACUAUUACUGGGGUAAACAAGAUCAUGCUUAUACCGAGGACUUCGUUAUAUGGAGGUUCGUUAUAUCAAGGUUCCACUGUAUAUUCCAACAGGUGGUACUCUUGAUCAAGCACCAACCCCGCUGGAUGGUAUGAAUUUGUGGAAUACCAUUUCCAAUGGCGAUCCGUCACCCAGAAAGGAAAUACUGAUCAAUAUUGAUAUGGAGCCUCAAACGGAAAAUGCUUUUAAAGAAGGCGGGUCGAUUGACAUCUACGAAGGGAUAGCUCUGAGGGUUGGAGACAUGAAACUUCUUUUGAGUGUACCUAAUGCCUCCUGGUAUAAACCCCCGGAGCUCGGUGGAGAUUCAAGUAUGAGGCAGUACACACCCCCUGACACAAACGGCAGGCUUGGCUGGUUUCAAGGUGGAGAAAAGGUAUUGAGAAGUAAAGACCGAUAUUUUUCUGUAAGUCAGGCAGCUUAGAACCCGCCGUAUCCUCCUCACAAGUUGAUUUUGACUGACACGAGAAAGGAGUAGUCAAGGGGUGAUUACCACAGGUACACGAACUACCCUUGUGGAAAACCUUGUGCAUAAACAUAAAACUUAUUAGUAAGAAUUUAUUUGACGUGGAGGUAAAACGAUCCACUACAAAGUAUGUCGAAGUUAUAGCGUAGAGAGAAGGAAAGAAAUAAAAAUAAUUCACCUGACACUAAUAUCAGAUGUGCCGCCGUAAAGAUUUAAUCAGUAAAUUAACUCGGUUAUAUCAGGAGCCGAUUACUCCUAGUUACAUACAAGCCCCCAAAAGUUGGACAAUUCUAUCCACGGUACAAAUCUCUAUCCACUGGAUAGCGCAAUUGAUUUCCGUAGUAGUACUUGUCUGUUGUAAAGUGAUUUAUCCGGUGCAUUGUGGGUAGCGCUAUCCAGUGUUUUAACAGUCAGCACCAGAAAUUCAAACAUAUAUAUUACGCCUUGGCUGAUGGCCCGGGUGACUCGAACAUUAAUAUAAGUUUGUCAGUUCACGGAAAAAGUUUUACUUUUUACGAUUUACUAUACUCAACAGACCACAGGAGACACUGUGCAAAUGGCCCUUUACAACAUAACCGCUGACCCAACGGAACACGACGACCUUAGCGAGAAACUUCCAGACGUGGUGAAGGAAAUGAAAGAAAGAGUGCAGUAUUACAUGAAGGGGGUCGUGCCUCCACCCACCAAAAUGUUUGAUCCUAAAGCUAUUGUAAAAGCAUUGGAGGAAGGUAUUUGGACGCCUUGGCAAGACUAA